GCCUACAGUGGCUGGCUGGCAACACUGGCAACCGGCUGCCGACCGUCAAAAUUAGUUUUUUUUCGUGUGUUUUUGUUGCGUUUUGUUACGCCAAUAAACGCCGAGAAUAGAUAAGCCAGCGUAUUUCUAAUAAAGCGCUGGUGAAAUCCAUACGGUGAGGUACCACAGUCACCUUAGGCCAGCCGCCGCGUACGUUUAUUGCACCCCUUACACACCUCAUUAGUUGGCCUUAAUCUCGAGUGCCAGAGAGCCAGGCGAAGAUUAGAUUCGGAGAGAUCACAGACGACGUCGCACUAGGCUCGACAUGAACUCCAUUCUAAUUACGGGCUGUAAUCGUGGCCUGGGCCUGGGCCUGGUGAAGGCCCUUGUCGGACUACCGCAGCCGCCGCAGCAUCUCUUCACGACCUGCCGGAACCGGGAGGUGGCCAAAGAACUGGAAGAACUGGCCAAGAAUCACUCAAAUAUCCAUAUCCUGGAGAUUGAUCUGAGAAACUUUGAUGCCUAUGAUAAGCUCAUUUCUGACAUCGAAGGCGUGACGAAGGACCAGGGCCUGAACGUACUCUUCAACAACGCCGGUGUGGCGCCCAAAUCAACGCGGAUUACCGCCACGCGAUCCCAGGAUCUGAUAGAAACUCUGCAAACCAACACCGUGGUGCCCGUCAUGCUGGCCAAGGCCUGUCUGCCGCUGCUGAAGAAGGCUGCCAAAGUGAACGGCUCCCAGCCGAUGGGUGUGAACCGAGCCGCCAUCAUCAACAUGUCCUCUAUCCUGGGAUCCAUUCAGGGGAAUACGGAUGGUGGAAUGUAUGCGUACCGCACGUCCAAGACGGCACUAAACGCGGCCACCAAAUCGCUGAGCAUCGAUCUGUAUCCGCAACGCAUCAUGUGCGUGAGCCUGCAUCCUGGAUGGGUGCGCACAGACAUGGGCGGUAGUAAUGCGCCACUAGACGUGGAAACCAGCACAGACACGAUUGUGAAAACGCUCCUAGAGCUGGGUGAGCCCCAGAACGGCAGCUUCAUCAACUACGAUGGCUCCCCAUUGCCUUGGUGAUUGGGAAUGAACUAGGAGAACCUUUUGCAUUUUAUGUUUUCUUGUUAAUCGUUGUUGAAUAAACUUGGUGCUGCACCAUUGGAGUGCCUUGAAAU